AUUGGAACAUGGCGCGGGAAGCCCGGGAAGAGACGGAGAUGGAGGUUCGGGGGGAAGAAGACGCAGAGACCGACCGGUUCUCUGCCUCCUCUUUAAAACUCUACGAAACCCAGUUUUUCGGCUUCACCCCGCAGACGUGCCUGCUGCGGAUCUACAGCGCCUUCCAGGACUGCCUGUACGACAUCCUGCCGGUGGUGGAGGAGGUGUGUGUCCGCCAGCUGAGCAAGGGCGAGCCGGGCGCCGAGGAGAAGCUGCGGAGCCGUGCCCGGGAGAGCAGCCGGCGGCUGCAGCAGUUCCUGGACCAGCGCUUCAAGCAGCUGUCGGGCCGGAUGGAGGCGCUGCUGCUGCCGCGGUGCUUCACCGUCCCCACACGGGUGCUGCUGCCCGAGGACCAGAAGCACCACAGCCGCCCGCAGGACCCGCAGGAGGUGCUGAAGCUGGAGUCGUCCUUGGCAGAGCUCCACGCUACCUAUGAAGCAGAGGUCUAUGCCAGACAAGCACUGCAAGCUGAGUUGGAGGAGCAGAGGGAGGUGCAGCAGCAGCUGGACGGGAUCCUGGCAUGGAUCAGUGAGCUCCAGGCAGCCUGGGUGAAGGAAGGCAAUGGAAACUUCCAGGAAAGUUUCCGACUGGCGAUGGAGUCUGUAAAUAAACUUCAGGAGGCCGUCAAGGAGGUUCUGGUCUGCAGCAAAACACCCGACUAAACUGACCGGUGACGUGUAAUGUAAAUAAAAAGCAGAUGGUGAUUUGUCUUAAUACCGAGGAAGUUUCUACCUCCUCCGUACUUGUUUUUGAACUUCAAAUGAAACAUCGGGAUGGCGGUAUUUGGUUGUCGAUCACAUAUAAAUAAAUGAUUGGUAUGGGGUUAAAACAACUCUAGUUUAUUAUUCGAAGGAAAACUUUUGAUAAGGGACCAAAAUGAAUUGAAGCAGUUUUGAGUGAGAACAUGAAGAAUAUGUUUAAGCCUCCUACAAGAUUUAAAAGUGUCAUUCCACUAAGUGAUGGUGUUGUUUCAUAGACAGACUGAGGUAAUCUAUUUUUGUCCGUGUCCAGAAAAGGUAUAAAAAGGACUGCUUGACCUGACCUCUCUAUCUGGUCAUCUUGUAAUAGGUCUGUUUCAGUCAAUCAUCAAUGUCUUGCAAACUUGUUAAAAGGUGCAAAACAAAGAGUUCAUAAUAGUUUCUGCUUCCGUAGAGUUGGAUUGGUACUAAUACAUUUAUGACGAGAUAGGCAAGUGUUGACACUAGUAAUGUUAAAACUCAAAACUGCUUUAAUUCACGUCAAUUUGCUCCCUAUCAAAACUUAACUAAGAGACUAGGAGUCGUUUUAAUUCAGCUAAUUUAAUUUCUGGAAGAAGUUAAGGAUGUGAUGCGAGUCCCCAGCAGAGGGCGCUCUCCGCCUGAACACCAGAUCUACAGUUGCUGUGCAGAACUGAGGGACAAAAUAUAACUGGACUUCCAGUUUCAGGAUGCCAGACAAGUAAACCAAGUAUCUUUCGUGUAAUUUACUGAUAUUUUAUAAUUUAAAAUGGUAAACAAUUUUGUUGAAAAAGUAAAGGGGGAAUCCAUAAAUUGUUGUCCUACUGGAUUCACCAUUUGUUACAAUGUUACAAUUUUGUACAAUGUUUUAUCUGGCUCUUUUGAAGAAUCAGUCUUUGCUUGCACUGUAAAAGAAACUUCACGCCCACUUUUGUCUUCACUUGUUAACUCAUUUGUUAUACACUUUUUUUUUUUAAUUCCCAGAAAUACUGGUUGAAAGAAAAAUGAAUGUAAAUCAUAUUGUCAUGGCUUGUCAUAAUUUAAAUUCCAAUGAUCAUAUUUCUUAAUGUAGAAGGAUUUAUAUAAUGUUUGUGAUGUCUUUCUCACACCCUGCCACUAAUAUCAGCAUUAACCUUGUUUAAGUAUGUGCCUGUAAAACAGUUUUUAGACAUCUUUUUAGCUCUCUCUCUAUUUGGAUCCAUCAUAACUUGUGCAGUCCUUGCCAUCCUCAAAACUGAAUACAGGAUGCUUUUUUCCCUUUAUUCCACCAAAGGAAAAAGUUGUAGUUUUCCAACUUCUGUAUCUCUUCAAAGAAAGUAGUAAUUAAUGGACUACAAAUAUUUUACUUGUGAUAUUUAAUGAAAGUUUUUGUAAAGUAAAUGCCCUACACAAACUGACCGUUCCUGUUUGAGACCAGUAGGGGGCAGCACCUGCAUGUCGCAAUCAACGUAGUUGAAAGAUGUUUCACACAUGCAGUUCCCUAAGAUGUCUAAUAUUGUUAUAUAAAUAAAAUGUAUUUGAAUUGUCUUUUGGAUGUGAUCUAGGAGUCAAAUGCCAUGCAAGA